AUGGCUGUGGCGCUGCGUACUGGGGAGGCCCGUCUACUCCCGUUAUUGCUGCUGUUGCUGUCCACGGUAGCGAUGCCCUGGAUCCAAGCCGGACCUCUCUGGGCACCGACGCCCUGCCCAUCCACCUGCGAACCGACCCGCUGUCCCCCAUUUCCAGUCUGCCCCAUGGGGGCGUCACCACAGCUUGACCGUUGUAACUGCUGCCUGGUAUGCGCUGCUGGGGAAGGAGAAAUGUGCGGGGGCCCUUGGAGCCGGCCCUGCGCCCUAGGGCUGCGGUGCCGCAUGACCCGAACCUCUAAGAGCAGGACCUCCAAGACCCGGGGCCAUCUCGGUACCUGCGUCUGCCGGGCUUCGGAGGUAUCAGUCUGUGGCAACGACGGUCGUUCCUACCGGAGUCUCUGCGCGCUCCGAGCAGAGAACCGAGUCGCCCGCCUCCGAGGCGGUCUGCCAGCCGUGCCGGUGGAGAAGGGAAACUGUGGCAACUCAGGGACCAGAAGCCCAGGCAAUCUCAGGGACAAAUAUAACUUCAUCGUUGAGGUGGUGGAGAAGGUGGCGCCAUCUGUGGUACACUUGGAGCUGUUCCGCAGGUCACCUUUAAGCAGUGAAUAUACCCAUGCAUCCAGUGGCUCAGGGUUCAUAGUGUCUGAGGAUGGACUCAUUGUUACCAAUGCUCAUGUCCUCACUAACCGCCAGCGGAUCAAUGUGGAACUCCAGAGUGGGGCCAAAUAUGAAGCAACGGUGAAAGAUGUUGACCAAAAAACUGACCUUGCACUCAUCAAGAUUGAGCCAGAGACUGACCUUCCUGUUUUGUUCCUGGGACGAUCAUCCAACUUGCAAGCAGGAGAGUUUGUGGUGGCUCUGGGCAGCCCCUUCUCCCUUCAGAAUACAGUGACUGCAGGAAUCGUCAGCACCACUCAACGAGGAGGCAAGGAAUUGGGUCUAAAGGAUUCUGACAUGGACUACAUCCAGACUGAUGCCAUCAUUAAUCACGGGAAUUCUGGGGGGCCUCUGCUGAACUUGGAUGGCGAAGUCAUUGGCAUAAACACCCUGAAGGUGACAGCAGGAAUUUCCUUUGCUAUUCCCUCAGAUCGAAUUAGACAAUUCUUGGAAGAAUUUCAUCAGCGCCAGUUAAAAGGAAAAGUUCUUUCCCAGAAGAAAUAUUUAGGCCUCCGGAUGUUGCCUCUUUCUAUGAGCCUUCUCCAAGAAAUGAAGAAUCAGGAUCCAGAUUUCCCUGAUGUGAAUUCUGGGGUCUUCGUAUAUGAAGUGAUUCAAGGAACUCCUGCUGCAAGCGCUGGGAUGCGAAACCACGAUGUGAUUACCAGCAUAAACGGACAACCUGUCACUUCCAUCACAGAUGUCAUUGAAGCUGUGAAAGAGAGUGACUCCAUUUCCUUAGUGGUUCGUCGGAGAAAUGAGGAUGUGGUCCUGACGAUCAUCCCUGAAAUAAUUAAUUAAACAGAGCUCCCAUUUAGAGACAAAUUUAUCUAGCAAAACUGAAUUUAUAUUAUGUGGUGCAUAUUG